CGGACGACAACCUGCGAGUGCGCACGUGAGCUAACUUGAAGGCGCUGCCACGACUCCAGCCAACAUGAGAACCCUGUAUUACGUGAUUCUCUUCUGUGUGAUUGCGUCGACGGCAAAUGCUGGCUUUGGAUACGGGCUCGGAUAUGGGCUCGGUGGCUACGGGCUCGGCUACGGACUUGGCUAUGGCCUCGGAGGAUAUGGACUCGGAGGAUAUGGCUUGGGCUAUGGUCGUGGCUACGGUCUUGGAUACGGCGGCUAUGGGCUCGGCUACGGAGGCUAUGGAGGAUACGGAGGAUACGGACGGUUGGGCUACGGACGCGGAUAUUACUACGGAAGAUAGUCAUUCCACCAGACCGUCGACACGUGUAAAUUUCUAAGCCAAAAUACAUAUCAUAU